AUGUUGCUCGUUGCCAAAAGCAACAGUCAUUGUUUUCAACAUUUUAAUACAUCGAACUCAUCAUCGUCGUUUUCAUCUUCAGUUAUUGUACCUCAUCAUAUACGCAUUCAACACAUUGAUGUUGAUACUCAUCCUGAUAUAGUUAUUGAUGUUCAAACACCACACUUUUCAUGGCAGUUAGCUCAGGAAUAUGAUAGUGAUGGUCGUUUGAUAAGAGGUACAAAACAAGUAUCCUACCAUAUUCUCGUUACCACUUUCAUCAGUAAUCAACUCAUGUGGGACAGUGGUCAUGUACUUUCCUCUUCAUCCACACAUAUCGUUUAUGCAGGUAUACCAUUCACAUCUGACACACGCUACACAGUUACUAUCAAAUAUUAUACUGCACAAUAUGAAAGUCAAUGGUAUACUACUCAUUUUCGUACUGCACUCUUUUCAUUGACUGACUGGUCAGGCGAAUGGAUUGGCAGUAAUGAUAUCAAUAUGAAUCAAUUACGAACUGUUGUUACGAUUCAAUCAAUCGCAAUUCAAUCAGCUACUGCUUACAUCAGUGGUAUUGGUUAUUAUCAGUUGUAUAUUGAAGGAGAAUUAAUUGAUAAGACACGACGAUUAGAUGUUGGAUGGACUACAUAUCAACAACGUACACUUUAUGUUUCAUAUGAUUUAACUAGUGUAUUAAACACAACUGGCUCUAUAGGUAUUGGAAUCGUCUUAGGUCAAGGUUGGUACAAUCGUCAACAAUGGAUUAUUGGUCCAGGUGCACGUCCUGAUCUUUCUGAAAAAUACGGUUCACCACGUGUGUUAAUGCAACUAAAUAUUCAAUAUAUAGAUGGUACAAAACAGUCUAUUGUUACCGAUUCAUCUUGGUUAGGUCGAGAGAGUGAACAUCGUUAUGAUUCCAUAUACAUGGGUACAACUAUGGAUUUUCGAGUUGCACGUUCAUGUUGGUCAUGUGCCAAUUUUACUGAUCAAUACUCCUUAUGGAUAAAUGCUUCCAUAUUAUCAUCACCAGUUAAUUUUACAGCUGGAGGUCAAUUAUCUUUGCAAUCCAUGGAUCCUAUUCGUAUUGGUCCUGAUGCACUACAUAUUGCUACAUCAGGUAGUUUGGGUAAUGUAGAUGGAGUAAAAGGUGCUAGUCUUACUGAUGGUGGUGUACUUAAACCGAUUUCACAAGAUUCAGUGAAUGGACAAGUGUUUGAUCUUGGUCAAAAUUUCGCUGGUUGGUGUAAAUUAUCUUCACUUAAUGCUUCAAAAUCUACUAUCAUUCAAUUGCGCUAUGCUGAAUUUCGAUAUUCAACUGGACAAAAUGGAAUUGAUUUUGCUGGUUUAUAUUACGAAAAUUUAGCUAAUAUAGCUGUAAUGGAUACAGUAAUCUUAAAUGGAACAGGCAAUGAAACAUUUGAACCAUUAUUUACUUAUCAUGGUUUUCGAUAUUUAUUAGUAAAUGGAUAUGAUAAUAUUAAUAAAGAUAAUAUUGAAUGUUAUAACGCACAUAGUGAAACAAAAUUUAUUGGUAAUUUUACAAGUAGUAGUGAUAUAUUAAAUCAAAUUCAACAUAAUAUUCUUUGGUCUCAAUUGAGUAAUUCAAUGUCUUUACCAACUGAUUGUCCACAACGAAAUGAACGCCGUGGAUGGAUGGGUGAUGCUGGACUUAGUAUUGAUGAAACAUUAUUUAAUUUUGAUUAUGUUAACUUUUAUCUUAAUUUUUUGACGAUGAUUUCAGAUAAUCAAUCGCCUGAUGGUGCAAUAAGUGAUACAGUACCAUUUACAGUAGGUUUUAGUCCGGCUGAUCCUAACUGGGGUACAGCAUAUGUGACAAUUACAUGGUAUUUAUAUGAACAUACAGGUGAUAUUACUAUUAUUGAAAAAUAUUAUAGAGGUAUUCAAGCAUGGAUUGAUUGUUUAACUAGAGAAUAUCAAAAGACUGGCUUAGCUAAAAUGUAUUAUUAUUGGGGUGAUUGGGCAACAGUUCAGGAAACAUCUAAUACUUCGUUAGUUUCUUCUUAUGCUUACCUUCGUGAUGUUUAUACAUUUAUUAAUAUGAGUAAAAUUCUUAAUCAAACUGAUAUUAUACAAAAAUACACACAAUUAUAUCAACGAUUGGCCGAUGAAUUUCAUCGUGUCUUCUACAAUACAGCUGUUAAUGGUUAUGUUGAUGAAAGUCAAGCAAUGAAUAUACUUGCACUUGCUUUGCCUGAUGUCGUUCCAACAUCACUUCGUACAGCUGUACUCAAUUUAUUAGUUAACAAUAUUACCACAAUUGGCCAUUUUACUGGAGGUAUUGUUAGCGUUGCUCCUUUAUAUCCUCUUCUUUCAAAGGAAGGAUAUCAUGAUUUAGCCUUAAAACUUGCGUUAGCUACAUCUUAUCCAUCUUAUGGCUAUAUGUUUCAUAAUGAUAUACAGAAUGCUACAACUACAUGGGAACUUUGGAAUACAUUACCACAAGGAGCAAGAGCAUCAUUAAAUCAUCAUAUGUUUAACAGUAUUGGUUCAUGGUUUUAUCGAUAUUUAGCAGGAAUCGAAUUAAAUGCCCUUAGCACCAUUUCUAUUUAUCCUCGUAUGUCUUAUGAUGCUGAUUUAUUGACUGAUGUAAAAGCUGAAGUGGUUACUAUCAAAGGAUCAAUUCGAGUAGAAUGGUCAAGAAUAUCUGUAAAUAUUGUGAUAUUAUCAAUUUCUAUACCAACUAAUAUCGAUGCAAUUGUUUCAUUCGAUCCAUUAAUUAAGAAAGGACGAUGUAUGACAUUGAUAUGUGAUGAUGAAGUCAUUUGGAUGAGAGAAAGAAUGAAUGAUAAAUUGACAUUAUUAAAAGAUGUGCGUGGAAUGAAAGAUUUGAGUGAAAAUGAGUUAACAGGUACAAUGUCAAUUAGAGUAGUAUCAGGUGAAUAUACAUUUGUUGCAUAUUGGCAAUAA